UGGAUGAAAGAAAGAGCCAUCAUCAUUCUCAUCAUCGCUUGACUGUUUGGAAGGAAGACUGACCAUACAAGAUGAAAUUCCUAUUGCUGCUUACCCUUGCCGUGGCCGCUUACGCUGCUCAAGCCCCGUUCUACGACGCUGGUGAAAACGGCGUAAAGGGACGUUACAUCGUCGUUCUGCAGGAUGGUGUAGAUAUCGACGCAACUUUAGAGCGUUUAAUGACCCGUGUAGCUACAUCUGGUCUCUUCGCUUCUAUCAAAUCGAAAAUAUCUCUCAUCAAUGCUUUCGUAUCCGUUGUUCCCGAAGGAGGCCUUGAUAUUUUGCGUUCCCUGCCUGGUGUUGCCUAUGUAGAGGAAGAUGAGAUCAUCAAAGCUGACGCUGUCGAAUGGGGUCUUGAUCGCAUCGACCAGAGAAAUCUCCCUCUCGACGGGAAAAUGGACGUCGAUGGCACUGGUGCUGGAGCUCAUGUUUACGUAAUCGACUCUGGUAUCUAUACAGACCAUAACGACUUUGGUGGCCGUGCUAGUGUUGCUGCAGACUUCAUAGGUGGAGAUGGGCAAGAUUGCAAUGGACAUGGAACCCACUGUGCCGGUACUGCUGUAGGUAAUACAUAUGGUGUUGCUAAAAAGGCCUCCGUCUACGCACUCCGUACCCUCUCUUGCAGUGGCUCUGGCUAUAAAUCUGACAGCAUCUCAGCCCUUAAUUGGGUACGCGAUAAUGGGCAAAAGCCUGGUGUUGUUUCGAUGUCCCUCGGUGGCUCCGUGUCGACUUCACAAAAUACAGCUGUCAAGAAUUGUCGAAAUGCCGGCUAUGUUGUAGUUGUUUCAGCCGGCAAUGACGAUGGUGAUGCUUGCGACAAGUCACCCGCUUCUGCACCAGAGGCUAUCACCGUGGGUGCCACUGACAGUUCUGACAAAAGAUCUUACUUCUCGAACUGGGGCACAUGUGUUGAUAUCUUUGCUCCUGGUUCAUCCAUCAAAAGUUGCGGUAUUAGCUCCAAAUAUUCCACAAGCACAAAGAGCGGAACCAGCAUGUCAUGCCCUCAUGUUGCAGGUAUUGCUGCGGUAAUGUCUGCUUCAGAGAGUGAUUCUGAGAAAGUGUACGCUGCUAUCAUUAGUAACGCUUCCUCGGGCAAGGUUGAAGACCCUGAGACUGGCUCACCCAACCUCCUGGCUUACCUCGAUUAAAAAGGAGUUCCAAGAAACGAGAUCUUCUUUCAGCGAAAACCUAUCAAACAAAUAUUUUGAAUAUAGUGAAUUUAAACCUAAGCAUUUAUCCCAGUUGGUAGGGCUAUAUUGAAGCUCAUACACACAGAAAGGAUCAAUGUUAUGGUAUUUGGGAAUUAAUUUUGAACAUCUUAAUGCAUCUUAGGGAUAAUCACAUAACUAUUACUCCAAUCAGCUGUAUUAAAAUGGGUGGACAUUGUGGUCUGGUCCAGACAAUUUGAUUCCUUCUGAAGUUCAGAAAGUUUAGAAAAUCCU